AAAGUGAAAGCAAUACAGCGGUACUGCCAGUAAGUAUAUUGGAGCCCUGAGGCAGUAAGGAGAUUGUGCUGCUACCAACCGGAAUGACCGAGUCCGACAGAAUGUGUCUCAAUAUGGUGGAGCAAUGCAUAAUUUGAACGAGAAGAAGGGACACGAAUGUCAGCUUUACAUAAUUGGCUAAUACAGUAUCCGUGGUUUCUGACGUAGCCGUUCACAGUGGGUUGAGUGUAUGAUAUCGAGCGGCGCGGCCAAAAUCCUUGGAACCUCAAUUGCCAUGGCAAAAAGCCAACAUCUUGUUCACGCUAGUUUGCCGUUUAUUGUCCCCUCGUCAAUCAAAUGGCGCCUAGAAGCAUGACGAGACGGGCGCAUUAUAAGUCACGAAAGGGCUGUCGCCAAUGCAAGCAGAGGCAUGUUAAAUGCGACGAGCAACGACCCGGUUGUUUCCAGUGCUCAAUGACGGCGCGCUCAUGUUCGUUUGUGACCGUAAGCAGCACCAACGGCGACGUGCCGGAGCACAUCUCGCCUCUGGCCUCAUCGAUCGAUCCUCCACCAAAGUUAUCCCCGGUCGCGCCGUCAUAUGCCAGCAGUCCAGCUAGUUCUCAGAAUCCGGGUGUGCAAGAGGUGCCCCAGCAAAUUUUCAAUCUCAACCACUUAGCACUACUUCAUCAUGUCGAGCACAACUUAUUACAAGAAGACUUUGUCGUUGGCAAGGAAAAUUCCCACCAGCUGUCGCGCCUGAUAGUAACGUCUGCGCUGACUGCGCCCUAUCUGAUGGACGCAGUUCUGGCUUUCGCUGCUCUGCAUCUCAGUGUACUCGCUUUACAUCCCGCCAAGCAACAUCACUACCGCCACCAAGCUGUGCAGCUCCAGACCCGUGCUUUGGCGCUUUACAAUGCCACGCGCCCCGAAAUCACGGAGGAUAAUUGCACCUCUCUGCUUCUAUACUCAUCAUUCAUCGGUAUGCAUAUGCUCCACGACACAGCUACCUCUCGAGCAGACUUGCCGGAGUUAUUGGACAAAUUCAUCCAAUUCGCCGGACUUUAUCGCGGCGUGGGUAUUGUAACAAGCCACACUUGGCACAUUCUUCGAAGGAAAUCUGAGUUGAGGGUUAUUCUCGACCUGGUAGAAGCCGCUGAUAUGGUAGAACCACCACCCGAAAACAUUUGCGACCAUCUUUCAGGUCUACUCACGAUGGGUGUGGAUAGGCUCAGACCGGCGUCGUCCCAAGCAUGCCAUGAUGCAGUCCAGGCAUUGCGGUGGAUAUUCGAUCAGCGUGCAGUUGUACCUGCCCCGAUUGGACGCGAUCUUGUGCUAGCCUGGCCAGUGCGUAUCUCUACUGAGUAUUUACAGCUCUUGAGGGAACGGUUACCAGAAGCAUUGGUCAUAAUGGCCUAUUGGGCGGUCUUGUUGCACCAGGAACGAGACUUCUGGGUCUUCGGUGAAGGCGGUCGGUUCUUGAUCGAGGCCAUAUCCAAAUACCUGGGAGAUUAUUGGGCUAAGUGGAUGGCCAUUCCAAAACAGUUGAUAGAUGCCAAUUCCAUCCCAAAGACAUAGAUUUCAUACUUAGUGAGAAGGGAAGUCACGAGUUUAUCAGAGUUAGAGGAAGAUAAUUCAAGAGGAGCGUGACACAUUGCCCGGCGGGGGUUUUCAGUCUGCUGACGGACGCCUUAUCACGGCAUACGCUACAUUCACCAGCGUACCAGAAGCACCUGGUUGAGCUAACAUCUAUAACGAUUCCCAACUCAUUCUACUCAAAAUUGAUGACACAUUCUUCCCCAGCAGGGAUGCAUAGAAACGUGGUACACGUGGUUUA